ACGAGGUCAAAAGGCCGAUUACGAUAAUUGGGCGGAUCAAGGUCCUGAGUAUAAAAUUUGGGAUUAUGAUCAUUGUCUUGAAGAAUUUAAAAAGUAUCAUGGAUUUGAUGGCCUACUCUACGUACAAGAUAGUUCUUAUGACCCUUGUGAUAUUUUAAAAGACUUUAUUAAAGUUGCAAGAAAUCUCGGCGUUCCUUAUAAUAACGAUUUCAAUGGCGUUAGACAAAAUGGGAUAGGAAAAUAUCAGGCUACAAUGAAAGAUGGAAAGCGCUUUUCGUUAGCUGACGGUUAUUUGACAGAUGCAUUGAAAAAGGUUGAAAUUUAUCCACCAAUCGAAUCAGGUGAAGGAAUUGCAAAGAUCGUCGCCGUAAAUGUCAAAUCUUUCGCCCACAUGUUGAAUAUUAUUUGGGAUGAAGAAAAGAAAGAUGAAAAUGUAGCAAUUGGAGUUAAAUAUUUUUGUAAUGGUGGAGUUCAUAACGCUUUUAUUGCUCCAAAAGGAGAAGUGAUUCUUUGUGGUGGUA